AUGGCCGUCCGACAAAUAAUCCGAUUGCGCUACAACAACUUGACGGCUUUGCAGGAGGAGCUGGUGAAGCUGUUCCCGAACGGAGACUUUGACGUUGAGAUCGUGAUGGGCCAGAUCACCCUGACUCUGCCCCGAGAGCUAUUACCGGAGGAGAUCCAGCGCAUCAACAGCAAGCAGCGGCACUACCGCCGGCGUUCGGACCGCCAGCGUUCGGACAGCCAGCGUUCGGACCGCCAGCGUUCGGACCGCCAGCGUUCGGACAGCCAGCGUUCGGACCGCCAGCGUUCGGACAGCCGCUGA